AACCUUAAAAUGACCGCCAACGUUGUCUUAGUUAGAAGUCACAUUAGAGUGAAACCUUGAAAUGAUCGCCCUGUCUUAAUCAGAAGUCACACCACACCCAUUCCAAUCAAUAUUUCAAUUACUUAAAAUGCUCAAGAACUCGAGAGAAUAUCCUUCCCAUCGGCUUUUAAUUAGCAUUUAUGCAGUUGACGAUCACAUUAUUCUUGCCAUGGUUUCCUCAAGAUUAAUCAGAUUAUCGUCCAUUUGUAUGCAAAUUUUGUUACUCAUCAUCAACGUUAAUUUCACCCAAGCCCAGCUUGGGCCUCAUGAAAUUCCAGCAGCCUACUGUUUUAACGGCAAGGGCAACUACACCACUGGCAGCAUCUAUCAAACAAACCUCAAUAGCCUCCUCUCCAACUUAUUCGAUGCCAACAACGGCUACGGCUUUUACAAUUCCUCCCUUGGCGAAAACAACGACAGAGUUUAUGCAAUCGGGCUCUGUCGAGGAGAUAUUACAAAGGAAGCUUGCGGUACCUGCCUUUCUGACACUGCAAACGGUCUCACGAAGAAUUGUCCUAAGCAGAGGGAGGCAAUUGGAUGGUUACCCAAUUGUAUGUUACGCUACUCAAACCGCUCCAUAUAUGGCAUAAUGGAAACUGAUCCGGCUUACAACGCUUUCAAUGUAUACAAUGUAUCCACGGGCUUUGAUGCAUUCAAUCAAGAGCUCUCUCGCUUAUUUAAUGGACUAGGAGGCAAAGCAGCAACUGGUGGUGAUCUUCGGAAGGUUGCAUCAGGAAACGCAACCAUUCCAAGUUCUAAUAUAACAAUAUAUGGUCUUGCUCAGUACACCCCAGAUUUGUCCGAGCAAAGUUGUAUUGAUUGCUUAGAGUAUGCUUCCGGAGGUCUUGGAUCAUGUUGUAAUGGAUCACUUGGUGUGAGAGUUGUGACCCCAAGUUGUAGCUUAAGAUAUGAACUUUUCCCCUUUGUUGGAGAUACAAAUGAGACACCACCACCAUCCCCACCAUUAGCAACACCACCGGACAAUACUGCGAUUCCAGGAGGAAAGAAGAGUAAAAUUUCUCGGACUGUGAUCAUUAUGGUUGUCACAGUUGUUGUUUCCCUGGUACUAAUUAUGUCGAUCUGCAUUUAUCUGAGAGUGAAGAAGAUGAAGGAAAAACUUGGAGGUAAGUUUAGAUCAGUUAGUUUUUACUUCCCAUGUUUUUGGUUUCAUAUUGCUUCUCUCUCAUGCAAAGAAGGAGAUGAAAUUCUUAAUACAGAAGCCUUGCAGUUUGACUUUGGCUCCAUAAGAACGGCUACAAAUAACUUUUCUGAAGAAAAUAAGCUUGGACGAGGUGGAUUUGGUGCUGUUUACAGGGGUAGGCUUUUGAACCAAGAAGAUAUAGCGGUUAAAAGGCUUUCUAGGGAUUCUGCACAAGGAGAUAUAGAAUUUAAAAAUGAGGUCACGUUAGUAGCCAAACUUCAACACCGCAAUUUAGUUAGGCUCCUUGGUUUCUGCUUGGAAGGAAACGAGAGGCUUCUUAUCUAUGAGUUUGUCCCUAAUGCAAGCCUCGAUCAUUUCAUAUUUGAUCCGGUCAAGAGCAGACAUUUGGACUGGGACAGUCGCUACAAGAUCAUAUUAGGCAUUGGCCGAGGACUCCUCUACCUUCAUGAAGAUUCUCGUCUUAGAAUAAUUCAUCGUGAUAUGAAAGCAAGUAACAUUUUGUUAGAUGGAGAAAUGCAACCCAAAAUUGCAGAUUUUGGAAUGGCAAGACUGUUUGAUCUUGAUCAAACACAAGGUGCUACCAGUCGAGUUGUAGGGACGUAUGGUUAUAUGACACCUGAAUAUGUAAUGCGCGGACACUUUUCUGUCAAGUCCGAUGUGUACAGCUUCGGUGUGUUAGUUUUGGAGAUAAUUACUGGACAGAAAAAUAGUUCUUUCUGUCCUGGUGGGAACGCGGAGGACCUUCUAAGCUAUGCCUGGAAAAGUUGGAAGGAGGACACAGCUUCAAAUUUAAUAGGUCCCAUAUCGAAGAGUGGUUCAAUACCAGAAAUAAUGAGAUGCAUCCACAUAGGAUUGUUAUGUGUGCAACCAAAUAUAGCUGAUAGGCCAACCAUGGCUACAGUUAUUCUCAUGCUUACUAGCUACUCUCUGGAUCUUCCAGUACCUUCACAACCAGCAUUUUAUAUGGAUGGUGGCAUUCAAUCCUCAUCUGAUACGUCUUUGGGAUGGAAGGAUAAUUCUAGUGUGACAAGGUUAGAUCUGUCUAAAAGCAACUCUGUAGAAUAUUUGCUACAUGGAUAGCUUCGAUUCCAAAUUACAACUUCACUAGUUGAUCGAUGAUGCAAUGAAAUACUUAUGUUGUUGUUAUGUAAAUGUGAUACCUUGUUUAGGUAUGCAGUUUCUGAUUAAUCUUAAGUGAUU